CAUUGGAUUAGAUUUGAUUUGAUUGAAUGAGAUUUGAUUAACACGUGUCUUAUUGAAUAUUUCAACGAAACUUGCCACAAUGGGAAUCUUCAUUAAAGGACAGUUCUUAUUGACAAUCCUGUGCAAUUUGAUAUCAAUAUGCGUCUGUGAAGAACGGGUGAACUCAACAUUUUUCACUCCAUACGUUAUCGAGUGUCCAGUUGUACCGCUACCGACAGGUAAUAGCACUUGCCAAUGUGACCCUCCAAACAUCACAGUCACAUACGCCGACUCCCUUGCUGCAUUUCAGCAUGUCUCAUGCAAAUUGACCCCUGAUUUAAUCAGUGCUACGAAUCCGGAUCCAUUUUAUUUCCCGCGAUCCAGGAAAGUGUACAUUGAUUGCUCAUGGAACAAUUCUCUUAGUUAUUCCGGCUUUUUGAUGAGCGCGGUAAAAAAAUGUGGCGACAUCGCCGAGGAAGUUGAUACCGUUGGCGAUGUCAAUUGCUUUACGCCCUUCAACAUCACCGCCGAUACGUAUAUGGGUCUACCUGGUCUGCAGAAAUUAAACUUCGCUUUAGAGGAUGAUGUUUCCAUCAAACCCGAUGCCUUUUCUCCCCUCAAAAACCUUGAGGUACUGUCAUUGGUUAAACUUGAUUUAAAGUCUCUUCAUCCGGAGAUUUUCAGAGGUUUAACCCACCUUCGGGAACUAAGUUUGUGGGAUAAUGACAUUCGAGAACUCCCCGAUGGCAUCUUCAAUGAUCUUCAAGACUUGCAGGUACUGUCCCUCCGGAGCAAUAGCAUUACGCAAAUCUCCCGUGACCUAUUGAAACCCCUCGAAUUCUUGAACACAUUAUACCUAGAUGACAAUAAUAUUUCAUCCAUACAUGCUGAUGCGUUCCGGUCGAUGAGGUCCCUCGAAGAAGUGGAUUUGUCACGAAAUAACCUUGAUGAGAAGUUCAGCCUGAGCGUCUUAGGGAUUGAGAGGCUUUUACUCUCCUACAAUUCAUUGACUUCAUUCACAGAGGACACUGUGCCAGGAGUCCGGGGAUAUACAAACUCGUUAGAUUUGUCACAUAACUUAAUAUCGUCCAUUACCGAAAGGGUUUUUCAAACAGAUGAGUACUCGUCUUCGCUUUCGUACGUCGAUCUCCGUAAUAACCGUCUCAAAUCGUUGCCAACGAAUGUCUUACGAUGGGCAAGAAGGCUCACAUUCAUCGACUUUAGUUAUAACUCUUUAGAGACUCUCCACGAUGGACUCUUCGAUAUUCAGUCGAACCCUCUCGGGGAACAGAGACUAGCUGGAAAUCAGUUGGUGGUUAGGCUAGGUGGUAACCCUUUUACUUGUGACUGCCGUCUUACUUGGUUUCGUAUUUAUGAUGGCCCGGCUGUUUGGAUAAGUGAUCGUGAUGACAUCGAAUGCUUUUCACCACCCAACCUGAAUGGAAUACCAUUAUUCUCAAUAAGGCCUGAGCAUUUUGAGUCCCCCUUGUCCGAUUCUCUGUGCCCUGAACAUUGUCAAUGCUACGAGAUUAUGAAGGAUCUGGGGCUUCAAACAGCUCUCCGUGUGAUCAAUGUCGAAUGCGACACCAUCGUGAGCGCCGUGGCGCAGAGCCGUCGUGUCAUUCUCGUCUUGUCAGGCAACUUCCUGCAAAGUGACUGGUGCAUGUACGAGUUCCGCAUGGCUCACCUUCAAGCGUUGCAUGAUCGCCGUAACACGUUGCUCAUCAUCACUCUUGGAGAUAUCAACCAAGACUCCCUCGAUCCUGACCUGAAGGCAUACGGAUCCCGUAAGUUUGUCUUAGAUCCUUGA